AUGCGUCCUUCUGCUCCCCGUCUCGUCCGUGUCCUGCGUCGUACUCAACUCCAGGGAACACCGGCUAUUCGCCGCCUUGUUCCAGAGCCAGUUCACCAAAAUGCCAGGCCACCCGUCCUCAUUGAAGUUCUGCGUCAACGUCAAGUUCAAGCCGGCGCAAACUACCCCUCCAAUAUCCGCAUAGAGCCUAUCAUAACGAAGCGGACGUUUAGGAACGUUCCUGCCGAGGCGAGGGAUCAGCUGAGGAGGCUCAUAAAGGAACGUUAA